ACCUUACGAUUGCCGCUCAUGUUCAUUUCGCACCCAUCGCUCGAACGCAGUUUAGAGUCUCUGAAACCCCAAAACUCACUACCAUAAACUCAAUCAAUUUCGUUGAAAUAUCUCAAUUGUGGUAUUAUCCAUUCAAAUCGUUCGAUUUCUUCCAAGGGAGACAAUCUGAAGAAGAUGCAGGGUGGGAGAGGACGUGGUAAUCCUUUAUUUGGUUUUGGUGAUCCUUUUGCUGGUUUUGGGGGUAUGCCUAGUCUCUUUGGAGGAAGGGACCCAUUUGAUGACCCUUUCUUCACACGCCCAUUCGGUGGAAUUUUCCCACCUGGCCCUGUGGGGAGUCCUUUCAUGGGAUUAAAUCCAUUUGGAUCAAGCUUAUUUGGUCCAAGUGCUAGUCCUUUCAUGGUUGAACAAGCACCUAGAAUUAAUGAAAGUAGACCUUCACUGCCAAAUAAUUCAAGGGGCCCAAUUAUUGAAGAACUGAACUCUGACGAUGAAAAAGAGCAACCUGACGAUGGGGAGAAUAAGAAAGAGAAUCCUCGAAAGCAUGGUAGAUCUGAGAUACAACCUUAUGUUGAGCACCCUGAUGAUGAAUCAGAAGGUAAAAUGUGUUUUACUUAUUACAUUUGUGAGUACUGCCUUAAAAUGUUUCUGUGUGUUGAUACGUGCUUCCCCAUGUUGAAAGCCAGGAUGAGCCAAUGAGAGCUCGACAUCUUCAUGUAAUUUAGCAGAUGAGGUAAAACAUUUGAGUUGUUAAUGCUAGAUGGGCAAGUCAAUAUGCCCCUAACGAAAGGGAUUAGGUUUACCAAACAUCUAGACAACUAGAGAAGUUUUAAAUAACCAAUGCAGAAUGAAAGAGGAAAGCAACAAUCACCAAAACAAAUUUAUAAGCAUGUGUUGACACAUGUUUUUUGUUAUAUAAUCUCUAUAAACAUAUACUGAUAGCACAAAAACGCUAUAUCAGAGUUCCUAUUUUGCUCAUAUAACAUAAACCUAGCAAUUUAUCUAAUAUCUAAACUUUGUGCAAAUUAUUGAUGAUACAAAUUUUGCCGUGGAACCUCAACAAUGAGGUGGGGUUCACUAAUUUGAUGGAACUUGAACAACUUUGGACCUGAUUGAAUUGUUAUUGGCGUAAUAAGUUUCUUUCUUUUGAGAAAGUAAUUGCAAGAGGAAUGUGAAACAAUGACCUCCAAGGUACUACCACAUAGAGAAUGGGCCAAACACCACCAAGGUAUCUGAGACUUUGGCCUCCCUAGGAGGUCAAAAGUUCAAACUUCACCAAAGGCGAGGAGGUGUGUGAUUUUAUUAGUUGCAUUUGCCU